AACAUCAGCGGUGUUAGCUGCUGUUACACCAUUUGUGUUUAACUCUGCGUGGCCCUGGGAAGAUCGAGGUGGAACCGACAGCCUCAGCCGCCAAAAAAAGUGUGUGUGUGUCUCGCCAGUGUCCUUAUUUAAUGCGGGAACUGUUGAGAUUUCGGAUCAUUAAAAUAGAAAGAUAUUUCUGACCUGGGUUAGAAACACACACACACACUUGGGACUCGCCACACCGGCCGAAUAUCUGAGGAAAACGGCCGAGGAAUAUGCGAGGCGAAUAUUCAACAGUGUAACUCCCGGGCGGCCAGCAUGUCCCUGAGUCCACUCACCACCCACGCCCUCAACACUGCCCAAGGUAUCCCUGCUGCUCGACUCCCCGUCAGCGUUCACAGGCUGGACAACGAGGAAUGGAAAGAGAUGGCCGAAGGGGUUACUAAUUCGGAUGGCAGAUGCCCAGGUCUGCUUACGUCACAGACUUUUAUUCCUGGGAUAUACAAGAUCAAAUUUGCAACAGCCAAAUAUUGGAAAUCAUUAGAGAUAGCAAGUUUCUACCCAUACAUUGAGGUUGUCUUCAACAUUUCCGAUGCAAGUCAGAAAUACCACAUUGCUCUUCUCUUGAAUCCAUUCUCGUAUACUACCUACCGAGGAUCCUAAAUGUCCUCACCAAUGCAAAGGUGGAUUGUGCAUCAAGUGUCACAUUAUAAUAAAAUAACAUUUGUGUGAUUUUUCUCAA